AGGGCGGCACCUCGUUCACUUGCUCGUGGCAGCGGUCGGAGAUGGUCGCUUGUGAGUGAGCUCUCGUCUGCGCGCCUCGCUGUUAAGUCGACGGCCAGGCUGUGGUAACGCGAGCCUAACGCAACAGCCAUCUCAAUAUCCGUAGGGCCAGUUCGUGCGCUCCGGUUCUUUCCGUCUUUUUCAGCCCAACGCCAUGAGUUACGGGCGGCCGCCGCCAGACGUAGAAGGCAUGACCUCCCUGAAGGUGGACAACCUGACAUAUCGUACUUCUCCAGACACACUUCGCCGCGUCUUCGAGAAGUACGGCCGCGUGGGGGAUGUCUAUAUUCCCCGCGAUCGCUACACCAAGGAGAGUCGUGGAUUCGCGUUCGUGCGUUUCCAUGACAAGCGCGACGCGGAGGACGCUAUGGACGCCAUGGAUGGGGCCGUGCUUGAUGGGCGCGAAUUGCGGGUUCAGAUGGCCCGCUAUGGCCGACCUCCGGAUUCGCACCAUAGCCGACGAGGGCCCCCUCCGCGCCGAUACGGAAGCGGCGGUUAUGGACGACGCAGCAGAAGCCCCAGAAGGCGGCGCCGCAGCCGAUCCCGAAGCAGGAGCCGAUCCAGAUCUCGUAGCAGAUCGCGCUACAGCCGUUCCAAAUCGAGGUCCCGCACGCGAUCCCGCUCUCGUUCUACUUCGAAGUCCAGAUCGGCCAGGAGGUCGAAGUCCAAGUCUUCGUCUGUGUCCAGAUCUCGUUCCCGAUCAAGAUCCAGGUCCAAAUCCAGAAGCCCUCCACCUGUCUCUAAGAGGGAGUCGAAAUCAAGAUCUCAAUCUAAGAGCCCUCCUAAAUCUCCUGAAGAGGAAGGUGCUGUGUCAUCUUAAGAAAAAGCUGCGGUCUCCUGUUUGCUUAAAGAAUAUUGGCCAGUAUUGCAGAUUUUAACUGAUUUGGCUGAUCCUCCAGGGACCAGUUUCUGUGGGCGUGUAUUGGAGCAGGUUUGUCUUUAAAUGUUAAAGAUACACUAUCCUGUUAAGAAUCUGUUCAAUGGAUACGGUUCUCAAGAACAGCAAACGCUUUUAGAAAUGAAAUGCAAAAGUUGGCGGAAACCAGUGUCCUUGGUGCAAUUGUGGGCUUAUAAUAUGCUGGGUGGGAAAAUGGAUAGUGUGUCUUUAACCUCCCUCAAAUUGUUUGGUCCUGUUUUUUCAGAUGAAGGCCUAGAACUGUUAAGGAUAAUGACCAAUAGCACACCAAGAUUUUAAAUAAGGAUAAACGCAUAAUAAGAUUCAGGUUGGAUUUGGAUUAGGGGUGGUUGUUAAAGAACAUGUGAUGUGGUUAGUGCAUAGAUUGGACCAAUUUUCCAAAACUCUGGCUACAUUGGUAUCAAUGCAGUAGUGGGGGGAGAUAUUGUACUUGCUUGGAAACAUGUUAAAACACCAAUACAUGUAGGUACUUAAAAGUAUCCAUAAACUAUAGAAUGCAUACAAGGAAUACCCUAAGCAUUUAUUGUUUUCAAAUUUAGAUACUGCAAAUGGAUGAGAAAUCUACAUAAAGGAUGCCUUCGGAGGAGAAACGAUCAUCUGAAUUUCCAGUCCUAUGGAGAGACUCCUGCACAAGCAACAGGCUGUUGAAAAGGUUAUUUUGUAACACUUUGUCUAACUUUUUACUUUGUUUUUGAGCCUCAAAUGGCAGACUUUUACUUUUAUGUGCCAUUUUGUUGCUAUUAUUCAAAUUUCUUGUAAUUUAGUGAUGUGAACGACUACAGAUUUCAUUAUUGGCUUGGAUAUUUGAGGUAAAAACUUCAUUUUUGUUCAUAUAGUGCUGACUUGUUUGCAAAUUAAACUGAUAACUUGCAGUCUCAAGUUUAAUAUUAAAUACACAGCUGUAGUAUGCUGAAAAGCUUUAUGCUGUCCAAAUGUUCAAUUCUUGCCUUUGUUCUCCCAAUUCUGAAUUUUUAAAAUUCAAGCACAUAUGCAAAUACUUCAAGUCAAACAUUAAACUUUGCAGCUGACAAAUUAAUUUGAAAGAUUUUGUUUUUAUCAGACAAAAUUCUAAUCUCUUCUCUUAUGUAUUUUUGUGCACUAGGCGCAGUUGUGUAGCAGUUGAGUAAUGCUGGUUAGCUGUUAAGGUGGCGUGUUGCAGUGCAGAGUGCUUGGCUGUUUCCUGUUUUCUCCUGAUUGCUCCUGUAAAGAUGCCUUGUCGUGCAGAAACAAAUGGCUGUCCAGUUAAUUGUAAUUGCCUGACAACUGCACUUCCAGUCACCCGGGCCUUGCAUUAAAAUAAUGGAGCAUACAGUGAGCACAUCUAGCUGGUGAUAUACACACCUUAUUUUUCCAGAAUGGUAAAUUAGACCAUCUACAUAUGUGAACUUGCAUAUGAAAAUGUAAUGUUAAAGCAUUUGAUUCAUUCCUUUUAAGUACUGAUUUGGAGUAUCUCUUAAAACAUUCUGUAUUAUAACCUCUGUGUCUGUAGUUUAAUAAAAGCAACACUUUUUUGGUGUUCAGGUUUUUUUUUUAAAACUGAUGUUUGAGUCAGUUUUGUCUGUUAGACUAGGACAGAUGAUAUUAAUUUGCAAUUUAAAUAACACUCAUCCAGCAAAUUCAUUCCUAUAAGUCCUAUUUAAGGGGACUUACUCCUAUAUAACAAAGAUUGUUUUUAAAACAUUGUAGGCUCAAGUAACAUUUUUGGUAUUCCUGUGAAAUGCAUAUAUAUCCUUAAUUCAAAAGAAACAUGCAGCAGAAUUAGUAUUGGCAUGAACAAUUAAUAAAAUUACUUUUUAAAAAA